GAAAGAGUUUAAAGGUUGCAGAGAGAGGGAAAAGUUGGAGGGUCAUUUAUUCAACCCACUUAGUGAAAAACAGCGAGCUGUUGAACUGUCGAGCAGGGUUGAGUUACGAGGAGUAAAAAAAAAAGACGCGGGAGAAGGAGGAGGGAUGGAAGAAGGGAGAGACAUAAAAGGGGGAAAGAGAAAGGGAAGUGCUCAUUCAGCACAUAUUGCCUUGACUGACUCAUUCAGGAAAAAGAGAGACCUCUGGAAAACGGUUGCAGCUGCAUCCCAGAGAGUGGGAAGCGUAUGAGAGUGUGUCAAGUGUGUGAGAGUGUGAGUGAAGUGUGUGUGAGAGAAAGUGUGUGAGAUGGAGGGAAACAGCGGAGAGCACAAGCAGACAGAAGGACCGGAGACGCUCAUGGAGGAAGAAAGAGUGACAAUCACGAAUACCUGGGCAAAGGUGUAUGAGAAUAAAGAGGCAGCAGGAGUCGCUGUGCUCAUCAGACUCUUUACGAGUUUCCCCUCAACGAAGCAGUACUUCAGUGAGUUUCGCCACAUGGAGGAUACACAGGAAAUGCAGUCGAGCGCGCAACUGCAGAAACACGCCGUGCUGGUGAUGAAGGCGCUCAAUGCGCUGGUGGAGAGCGUCGACGAUGGAGAGAAGACAGCGUCUGUGGUGGAGAAGGUGGCAAAAUCACACGCUCGCAAACACAAAGUGGAGCCGGUGAACUUUAAAAUCCUGGCUGGAGUCAUUCUAGAAGUGCUGGUGGAGGUUUUCCCAGAAUCCUUCGGUGUGGAGGCGCAGAGGGCGUGGUCGAAACUGAUGGAUGUGCUUUACUGGCACGUCACUCGGGUCUACUCUGAGAUCGGCUGGACUUCCACAGAAUGAGAGCGAGAGAGAGAGAGAGAGAGAGAGCGAGAGAGAGAGAGCGAGAGAGAGAGAGCGAGAGCGAGAGAGAGAGAGAGAGAGAGAGAGAGAGAGAGAGAGAGAGCAUCACUGCUAUACAGUAUUGUUUCGUCUGAGGAAAUCUGUCUCUGCAGGACUUAUAUUCAUCAUGGAGGAUGUAAAAGAGAGAACCUUUCAGUAUGACAUUACACUCACUCUGCGUGAGUGCUGGGAUGCUCCUGUAGCUCAGUACAGUAAAGAGAGUGAAACAACACAUUCCUGUAUCUGCAUUUACAUUUGAUUACCAAAGACCAGAGAGAGAGGGAGAGAGAGAGGGAGAGAGAGAGAGUGAGAGAGUAAGUAUAUACAUAGAACACAAGGCUAAUUUCAUUAUACAUCUUUAUAUGAAAGACAUAAACAUUAAUAGCUUUUUGGUAUUAUUAUAUAACAUCACAUUAGCAAGGCAUAAGUAUUUUAACUAAAACAAGUAAACUUUUUUUUUUAAAUUAAAUAUGAUUUGAUACUUGGAACAAAAAAUAUUAAACAAAAAUCUAGUCUUUGGAUGAGGUUGGUAUUUAAAAUGUUCAUUGCUAUGUGAACGCACGCUUCAGAAAAAGACUUUUACAGAACUAAAUCAAUAUUACAUGAACUCGUUCCACUCUUACUCUCUGUUUUCACAUUCCAGUGUCUACUGUAAAAUACAGAGAAAGAAAUGGAACAGAGGUGUUUACCAUAACGUCCUGCUUUACCAUUAUAACAUCCAUUUCCUGUACCGCUUAUCCUACACAGGGUCGCGGGGAGCCUGGAGACUAUCCCACGGAACUUGGGGCAUAAGGCGUGGCAAUUAUAACAUCAAAUCUUUAAUA